AUGUUAGGUCUGCAGCCGACGAACGCGGCCGCGUUGGAGGUGCGCGCGACCAACGUCGCCGCGUUGGCCAUGUACGAAAAGUGCGGCUUCGAGACGCGCGGCUCGCGUCGCGGUUACUACGCCGACGGCGUCGACGCCGUGUGCAUGACGCGCGCCCCGGGCGAGCGUCCCGUGAGCACGCGAGAGCUCACGCGUUUGCUCGCCGGUUUAGACGUCGACGCCGCGCGCAGACCCGCGCCGCCGCUUCCCGAGCGUCCCGAGCGCGUCCGCCGCGCCGUCGUCGACGCGCCUCGCGACGUCGCCUUCGAGCGCGCGUCGCCGGACGACCGCGCGUUCAGAAUGCGCGAUCGCGUGCGUCGCGCCCGACGCUGA